UUCCUCGGGCGCCGCUUUGCGGAAACAAGAGGAAAGAGUCGCCACCGGAAGUGAGCCUCUCGCGACUCCGCUUGGCCGGAAGGCCCCCUUCCCCCUGUAUAGCAACCAGCAGGACUCAGAUAAAUAUCCAACAUGUCUCACAGGACUAUUCAUCUUUUCCGGAAGGGUCUCCGGCUACAUGACAACCCCACUUUACUAGCUGCUUUGAAGUCUUCCGAAAUUGUAUUUCCAGUUUACAUAUUAGACAGAAAAUUUAUGACAUCUGCAAUGCAACUGGGAACUAUCCGUUGGCAUUUUCUUUUGCAGUCUCUGGCAGAUCUGCAGGCAAGCUUAAAGAAAUUGAACUCUUGUUUAUGGAUUAUACAAGGAGAGUAUGAGGCCAUAUUGCGGGAGCAUGUAAAAAAGUGGAAUAUUACACAAGUGACAUUUGAUGAUGAAAUUGAACCAUUUUACAAGGAGAUGGAGAGGACUAUUCAAAUGAUAGGGAAAGAAAUGGGAUUUGAAGUAUUUUCAAUGGUGGGACACACCUUGUACGAUGUCAAACGGAUUGUGGAACUAAAUAAAGGAACACCUCCACUGACAUACAAGAGGUUUCUCCAGAUACUGACUACACUUGGAGAUCCUGAAAUGCCUGUGGAGGACGUUACAGCUGAAAAUUCACAAAAACUUAGCCCUUUCCCUGAGGAGGGCCUGGAUGAAUGUUACGGAGUGCCUCUCCCUGAGAAUUUGGGAAUUUCCAAAGAGUACCUGUCACCUUGGAGAGGUGGGGAAACUACUGGGCUACAGCGACUUGAAGAGCACAUGAAAAAUCAGGGGUGGAUAGCAAAGUUUGCCAAGCCAAGAACUAUUCCAAAUUCUCUGCUUCCGAGCACAACAGGAUUGAGCCCUUAUUUCAGCUUGGGUUGUUUAUCAGUUCGGAUGUUUUUUUAUCGGUUGUCUAAAAUUUAUGCUCAGUCGAAGAACCAUUCCUUGCCACCAGUAUCUCUUCAAGGACAAUUGCUUUGGAGAGAAUUCUUUUAUACAGUAGCAUCAGCAACACCUAACUUUACAAAAAUGGUUGGGAAUCCCAUCUGCCUUCAGAUAGAAUGGUAUGAAGAUGCAGAGAAACUCCACAAAUGGAAAACGGCACAGACAGGCUUCCCAUGGAUUGAUGCCAUUAUGACCCAACUCCGUCAGGAAGGCUGGAUACACCAUCUUGCUCGCCAUGCUGUGGCAUGCUUCCUCACACGGGGAGAUCUCUGGAUCAGUUGGGAGGAAGGCAUGAAGGUGUUUGAAGAGCUGCUUCUGGAUUCAGAUUAUAGCAUUAAUGCGGGGAACUGGAUGUGGCUGUCGGCCAGUGCUUUCUUCCACCAGUACUCACGCAUUUUCUGCCCUGUUCGAUUUGGCAAGCGUACAGAUCCAGAAGGACAUUAUAUUCGAAAAUACCUCCCAGUCCUGAAAAACUUUCCUUCGAAAUAUAUUUAUGAACCUUGGACAGCACCAGCAGAAGCACAGAGAGAAGCAGGCUGCAUUAUAGGUAAAGAAUAUCCCUUUCCUAUGGUAAACCACAAAGACGUCAGUGAUAUUAACCUGCAGCUGAUGAAAAAAGUCAGAGAAGAACAGUAUAAAACAGCUCAGCUCACAAGAGAUGAAGUUGAUGAUCCAAUGGAAAUGGGGCUAAAACAUCGACAGUCAGAAGAGAUCACUCCAAAAGGAAAACAUGCCAGAAAAGCUGAAGAAGUAUAAAAAAAACCAAUCUCCUUCUGUUUAUGUUUACUUUGUAGUAAGUCUCACUUCAUUCAGUGGGACAUAUUUCCAAACAUGUAUUUUGAGAAUCAAAGCUUGAUGCAUCAAAAGAGAAGGUUUUUUUAUUAUUAUUAUGCAGACAAUAGAAACUCUUUUAGAUUUAUCAGAAUGGAAAGUGGUGCUGUGCUGGAGGUAGCAAUUAGUGGUUGCCCGCAUAGAAAAGAAUCAUAGAGUUGAAAGAGACUGCAAGGGCCACCCAGUCCAACCCCCCGCCAUGCAGGAAAAGUACAAUCAAAGCACCCCUGGCAAAUGGCCAUUUAGCCUGUGCUUAAAAGCUGCCAAAGAAGGAGCUUCUACUAUACUCUGAGGCAGAGAGUUCCACUGCUGAACAGCUCUUACAGUCAGGAAGUUCUUCAUAAUGUUCAGGUGGAAUCUCCUUUCCUGUAAUUUGAACCUAUUCCUCCGAGUCCUAGUCUCCAAAACAGUAGAAAACAAGCCUGCCAAAUAUUUAAAUAUGGAUGACUAUCAUGUCUCCUCUCAACUUGAUUUUGUCCUCUGCAAUCAAUGUGUUUUUCUUGAAACAUCUACAUUUGAAAUCACUCAUGGAGCAACUAGAUGUACAGAUGAAUCAUGCCAUUUCUAGCGUCCUCUGCUCUCGCAUACUAGUUGCAGAAUGUCAUGACUUUGAAGACAUAAUUGACAUGAAAACUGGCUUCAUUCUGUCACCAAGUUAAAGCAUAGCUUUGUAUUGCAGGCUUUGAGGUCUCUUGCCAGACUAUGUAUAGGUAUAUGGUUUAACACUGAUUUAAAUUGUUCUAAGUUGUUUAAGUUAUUUUAUGGGGCUUUUGGUUGUUUAUAUUGUUAAAUUACUUCUUACGGUUUUAAAUUGAUGUAUUUGUACACUGCCCCAAAACAGAGUAAGAUAUAAAUAUUUUAAUAAAUAAAAUUUAUAUCGAAUAUUGUA